UUGGAUCCAAAUUUGAACGACAAAUUUAGAGCCUGAAUUCAAUGAGCAUUCAAUUUAGGUCGUAGGGAAUUUGCUUGGCUUAUGAUCCUGGUGGAUUUCAUAUCUUGCCUAACACUUAAUUAUGCGCUAAAAUAAGUUCCGGAAGAUAAAAAAUCGAAGCAGUUCCUUUUUUGGCAAGCACGCCGCGUCAGUUGUUCUGUGAUCUUCGUGACGGACAAAGGCAGAUAUGAAGGAAAAUUGCCGCUUCAGGAGUUGUGAUGUUUCUUCGCCUCUUGCCUUGGCGCGCGCCGCAAUGCAAAAAGAAAGCGAUUGUCUCACUUUCUUUUUGCGAUUGAGAUUCAGAAGAUCUCUGCAGUUGUCUUCCGGACAAGGCGCCCGCAUUCGUGAUUGUUGCGUUCCUGUUAUCCCUCCACCGCUUUUUUUGGGUGGCGAGGACGCAGCCUGCACACUUUUUUCUUUUUGUUUUUCCUUUUUCAUACUCGGUUCCGUUUUGUGCUUCGCCCGCGUCGAAGUAAGUUACUUUCUGGUGGAUCUGGAUCAUGAUCAAAAAUGA